AUAUUUAUAGGCUUAAGGAUUUCAUGAUAUCCUUUUGUAAAUGUAGGCCUUUUCUUUUGUCAAUUUUUGGUAUGGUGUAUGCUAACUUCUACGUUUCUACCCUUCAUACAUGGCCGAUAAACAAAGAACCGAUAAAAGAUAUCCCCCAUUCGAUACAAAAUGCAACCAUGUGUUUAUUUUUUCAUUCACUCUUCUCAGCUGUCAUUGGGGGGUUUUGGAUGUAUGUUUUGAUUUUCUCAACCAGUUUCAAUUUCAAUUAAAAAUGGCCGAAGUGUUGUUGUAUCGCGGACGCAGUCGCGCUUUUGUUUUUAAUUUUGUGCUUUUUACCGCAUUUCUAUUGGAAUCUGAGUGUGCUGUGCUCGUAAUGGCUACGGACGCUGCUGUUGGUAGCGGUAAUGUUUCGAAAGUCGAGGAGAAAGUGAUGAAUGUGAAUGGUAAGUUGACUGGUACCGUUAAAAGAAGAAAUGCCCAAAAAGCCCGGGACUUCCCAAAAAAACAAGUUUGUUUAAGAUUAAGUUGUCAAGCCAACGAAUUUUGACUGCUCAAAAAAAGUUUAAUAUUUUGUUAUAAUUUUAAA